CCGGUGGAAAAGAGAAAAAAUGGCUUCGAGGAGCUAACACGGGAAGUUACCAGGAUAAACUCCGCUCAGUGACCCUGCAUCGGGCAACAGGAAGACAAAGCCAUGGGGAAUACGAGCAGUGAGAGGGCUGCGCUGGGCCAGGGGGAGAAGGCUCAGCGGAGGGACAGCAGAGGUGCCAAGGAGGGCGACAGGCCCAAAAUCCUGAUGGACAGCCCUGAAGAUGCAGAUAUUUUCCAUGCUGAAGAUAUGAAAGCUCCGUUACAGAAAGAGGAGUUUCUCGCUUGGCAGCAAGAUUUAGAAGCUGAAGACAAAGGGCCAACUUUAGACAGACCAACAGUCUUUCGCUGGACUGGAGAUGGCAAAGAGGUCUACCUCUCUGGCUCCUUUAACAACUGGGUCAACAAGAUACCACUUAUUAGAAGUCAAAACACCUUUGUGGCCAUUGUCGAUCUGCCUGAGGGGGAGCAUCAGUACAAGUUUUAUGUAGACGGUCAGUGGACCCACGACCCAACUGAGCCGGUUGUAACCAGCCAGCUCGGCACAGUCAACAACAUCAUCCAGGUGAAGAAGACCGACUUUGAGGUGUUUGACGCGCUGAUGGUGGACUCGCAGAAAUGUUCUGACAUGUCAGACCUCUCCAGCUCUCCUCCCGGACCAUAUCAUCAGGACGCCUAUAUUCCCAAACAGGAAGAGAAGAUUAAGUCUCCGCCCAUUCUGCCUCCACACUUACUCCAGGUCAUCCUCAACAAAGACACUGGGAUUUCUUGUGACCCUGCUUUACUCCCAGAACCCAACCAUGUCAUGCUCAACCACCUCUAUGCACUGUCCAUUAAGGAUGGGGUGAUGGUGCUCAGUGGGACGCAUCGCUACAAGAAGAAGUACGUCACCACCUUACUCUACAAGCCUAUCUGAGUGGAGAUGUUUUUACUUCUAUCCCAGUGGGUCAACUGUACACUGAGUGUACAAAAUAUAAGCUCCACCUGCCUUUUCCUAUGAAACAGAGAGAACGAGUGAAUCCAGGCCCUUAUCAGGCCUGAGUUUCACCUGAUAGGUCUUCAUUCUGUAAAGAGUUACAGCUUCAUUUUAAAAUCAAAGUUUUAUUUGCAGUAAAGUCAGGAUAGUUUUUUUUUUACAUGCCCUGAAUACAAUGAAUUAACAAAAACGAGAUUAAAUAACACGGUAGACAAACGACAUAUCAACAGAUUAAUGCACAGAGCGUUAAGUUAAAUGAUGACGAUACUUUAUCCUUGAAUCUUUAACAUGGCUCGGAGAUUAUAUAUUGUACACUCACUGUAAACCCAGCUGUUGUACACAUCUGUCCAGGAUGACCAAUGUCAGUCAGUUACUCCAAUCCUCCAUAAUCUGCCUUUACUUGUUCACUGACUGCCCUCUGUAGUAACUGUGCUUUGUAGACCUAGAGAGGCAUUAACAAUGAGGUAGGACCCGGAGAACAUGUCUAUGUUUGAAUUAGACAUGAAUACACUGAGGAGAAUGGGUUACGCGAUGGAAAUCCCUCGGCUUCACGAGGCUGCCGCCGUCUUUCCUCUAUAAUGGUGGAACAAUCAAGAAUGUGAAUGUUAUAACGUUAAAAGAUGCACUGCAGUAGUUCUCCACUGUUUCCUUUAUGCCUGUUUAUCUUGAAAUAGUUUUAUUUGGUAUGAUCACAGAGCACACAGUAGAUAUUUUUGUAUUAUUUGUGAAGUAUUCAGUUGUAUAUAUUAUUUUUUACCUUGGUUGAUGGUGUCAUCUUAAUAUAGUUGCAGUGUUGUGGUCCGUUGCCAUUUCAGUCAAGUGUCCGAGCACAUUGCUAGUUUGGACCAAGACGACGUAGUUGAGACCAAAACCAGAGCAAAUUAUUAUGUUGUCAUGAAUUAACUUGAUCUAAACUCUAAAUUAACUGCACUACGAUAGUAAACAUUUAUUUUUGUGUAGAAUGUACACACAGUGUAUGUAUCCUGAUCAGGUACAACGUUCACACUUACGACACGACAAUGUAUCAGAAGAAUAAUACAUACAUUAGUAUAAUGUAUAAUACUUAUGUGUACACAUACAUUUUGAUCAUCUCUGCAGUUUUGAUGCACUGAUAUACUCCUUAAUUUACACAGUGUAAAUACAGUGCGCUACUUCAGAGUCAAACGCAAUGACUGUUUAUAAAAAUGUAUGACAAGUCUCCACUUCUGUUUUGCAGAAAAACACUUGAACAUACAUUUUGUUAAAUAAUUGAAGCCAUCUUUAAGAAAAACAUAUUGAGCAUGCACAUUGACUUUUAUGUCUAGGUGCAGUUUAUGACCUAUACUGCAUCCAGCCACCAGGGGGAAACCAAGACAGUUUGGUACCACUUAGGGAAAGGUGUCAUGUCGGCCAUCUUUAUUUACAGUCUAUGGUCACACCAUACAGUUUGUCCCUGGCCUCAGUUAAUAUGGCAUCAAUUUGAUUUUGACACUAUUUAGUUGCAAUACCAGUUUCUAUAAAGUGAGAGUUGAUAGAAGAGUUAUGGUGAAUGGAAAAGAUGACAUAAAUGGAAACACAUUGUGACCAAGUGACGCACAUUGGCUUGAAGAACCACAAAACUGAUAAAGGGAACGGCUCAGGAUUGUGUAACUAAAAUGCGAUUUGAUCACUGCUGUUAAAUUAAUUGAGCUUAUCUCGACACGCAGCUCAAACACAGUGACACAACAAAACCACAACGCAGUUUGGCAACGCACUCGCCACAGUCCAAGCGAUUAGGAAACAUUUUGGUUAAAGCCUUGUAUGUGUGCGAGCUGCGUUACUGAAGAGUUGCUGUCAACAUGUUUGUAUUGUUAUUGAUCUUAAGGACUGAAAUUCUGACUUAAACCAUCAAUAUGUAUUUGUCACAUG